AUGAAAACCAGCAACUUUUAUGGACUACCUAAAAUCCAUAAAAGCAGUGAUAUUAAAACGGCCAUAGAGAAACAGAACGGAACAUACAUUGCUACUCAAGAACCAACAGAUCUGAAACUUCGACCGAUUGUGGCUGGUCCUGCGUGUCCCACUCAUAGACUGAGUAAUUUUAUAGAUAUACUCUUGAAGGAUCUGUGUGUAAAAGUUCCGAGCUACAUACGAGAUAGCAUGGAUUUUUUAAACAAAAUUCCCGAAAACGUGGAGCCAGAUACACUACUUGUUACCUUUGAUGUGAAGAGUCUAUAUACUAAUAUUCCACAUGAUCUUGGACUAGAAGCCAUAAAAUUUUGGAUUGAAAAGUACCCAGAGUUAAUUCCAAGAAACAUUUCUUCAGAAUUUAUCCUAGACUCAGUUAGAUUUAUACUGGAAAACAACACAUUUCAUUUUGAUGGAGAUUUUUAUAAACAGAUCAAAGGAACCGCCAUGGGGACUAAAAUGGCACCAACAUACAGCAUCCUUGUUAUGGGAUUCUUUGAAGAAACAUUGUAUCAAAAGGUUUCCGAUGAAUUGGGCCAAGAGAUUGGAAAACAUUUAAGGGAUUAUUGGAAACAAUUUUUAGAUGACUGCUUCCUAUUUUGGAACAAAUCAGAAGAGGAUUUACAAACACUCUACACGUUACUAAAUUCAAUAAACCCAAAUCUUCAAUUCACAAUGGAACACAGUGAUUCCUCUAUUCCUUUCCUUGAUGUCAUGAUAGCUCUGGUGGAACUAACGGGGGAAUAUGCAUUUAUUUUAGAGGCAAAUGGAUUUAUGAGUGCUGGCAAAACCAUUGGGCCGAACAAGGUAUUAUCAGGGACAUGA